GCCAGCAAUCGCCUAGCGAACAGCGAACGGUCAACAUAUAGCAGCCACAUAGCUCCAUAGCUGAAAUACAAACAACGCAGUUUGUGUAAACAAUCAAAUUGUCGCAGCCAUAUCGAGUGUGCUUACAAGUCCAGCGGAAAGUUUUCUGAAAACCCACCGGGAAUCAAUCAAUCCAAGCCAAGCCAAUCCAUUCAAUCAGCCAAGAUGUCCGCUUCACCCACUGCCCGUCAAGCCAUCACCCAGGCACUGCCCAUGAUCACCAGGAAGGUCAUCAUCUCGGAUCCCAUCCAGAUGCCCGAGGUGUACUCGUCGACGCCCGGCGGAACCCUCUACUCCACCACUCCUGGAGGCACCAAACUGAUCUACGAGCGGGCCUUCAUGAAGAAUCUCCGUGGCUCCCCACUGAGCCAAACGCCGCCGUCCAACGUGCCCAGUUGCCUGCUGAGGGGGACACCGCGUACUCCGUUCCGCAAGUGCGUGCCCGUGCCAACGGAACUGGUCAAGCAGACCAAGUCGCUGAAGAUCGAGGACCAGGAGCAGUUCCAACUGGACCUGUAGGGGGUCUCGGUUGGAUGACGCCAACAGCAGCAACUGCCAAAACCAACUAGUUCUUAGAUGCACCCACUAAACCCGAUCUUAUACGCUUAGUGUACCCAUUAACUAGAUGCUAAGUUCUUAGUUCUUCCACCUUGUUUGUUCUCUCGGUCAUAUUGACCCCGUCGUACCUUGUAAAAUCGUAGAUGUUAAGUUAAAUGCAAUAAACAAAAAAAACAUUAUUUAAAACAAAA